AACGAUUGACCACAUCAGCCUGCAAAGCUCCGCCGGCUGAGACUGCUGGCUCAUCCGUUGUUAGCUUUUUUCUCAGUGGGAUACGGUGCAUCAAUAAUUACAACGUUUUAAGGACUGUUAUUAUAUUCUGUUGUGUUUUGCUGCUCACGUUUCUGCUCCUCGUUGACAAUGGCUGAUCCUAAAUACGCAAACUUACCAGGAAUUGCUUUUAACGAACCGGACGUGUACGAGACCGGUGACCUCCCAGAAGAUGACCAGGCUCAGUUUGAGUCGGAGCUGGAGGAGCUUUGCAGUGACAGUGUGGAGAGAAUUGUGGUCAACCCAAAUGCGGCUUAUGACAAGUUUAAAGACAAGCAUGUCAGCACCAAGGGACUUGACUUUUCAGACAGAAUCAGUAAAAGCAGAAGAGUGGGCUACGAGUCGGGAGAGUUUGAAAUUCUCGGAGAGGGCUGUGGAGUAAAGGAGACUCCCCAGCAGAAGUAUCAGCGCCUGGUGAAUGAGAUCCAGGAACUCACUCAGGAAGUGGAUGCCAUCCAGGCUGCAGCAAAGGACAGUAAUGCAGAGGAGCGCCUCACCCCAGUUGUACUCGCUCAGCAGGCAGCACAGCUCAAACAGCAGCUGGUGUCUGCUCAUCUUGACUCACUGCUGGGACCACAGGCACACAUCAAUCUGGCUGAUCCAGAUGGAGCCCUUGCCAGGCGUCUGCUCACCCAGCUGGAGGCAGCUAAGGGCAGCCGUGGCAGCACAGCAGGAGACAGCAAACCGACUGCUUCAGCAAAGGGCCCAGAUGGAGUUGUACUGUAUGAGUUGCAUAGCAGACCAGAGCAAGAAAGAUUCAAUGAAUCUGCCAAGAUGGCAGAAUUGGAGAAGCGUCUAGCUGAGUUGGAGAUGGCUGUUGGCUCAGGAUCAGACAAACCGGGACCUCUGAAUGCUGGUGUACAAGGAGCCAGUUUGAUGGACACCAUCGAGCUCCUGCAGGCACGGGUCAGUGCCCUGGACUCUGCUACUCUCGAUCAAGUGGAGGCAAGACUGCAGAGUGUUCUUGGAAAGAUGAAUGAGAUUGCUAAACAUAAGGCAGCGAUUGAAGAUGCUGAAACACAAAACAAGGUGUCGCAGCUCUACGAUGUGGUGCAGAAGUGGGAUGCCAUGUCCACUUCUAUACCUCAGGUGGUGCAGAGGCUUGUCGCUGUGAAGGAGCUGCAUGAGCAAGCCAUGCAGUUUGGCCAGCUGCUGACUCAUCUGGACACCACUCAGCAGAUGAUCAACAACUCUCUGAAAGACAAUAACACUCUUCUAACACAGGUCCAGCAGACGAUGAAGGAAAAUUUGGUGGCUAUUGAAGAGAACUUUGCCACACUUGAUCAGAGGAUGAAGAAGCUCUCCAAAUAAAUGGUGGCAGAGUUUGGAUCAGUCCACAUGAGCAUAGAACAUGGACAAUUAAGAGAUGGCUAGAGCACAGAUGGGAGGGUUUGGGGUUAAUGCUGUCUUUCCCUGCCAUCCCUCUCUUGCUCUCGACUUCUGCGUCAGCUUUUUUUCACUAAGUGGAAUGUUAGAAAGUUGACUAAAUGGAAUAACAGAAAGGAGACCAAUUUUUCUUCGCUCGUCCACCUUUAUUUCCUUCACCUUGCAUUAAAGUGACAUUUGCUGAAAACAUCUUUGUCCACUCCAUCGACUGAUGGCAGUCCCCCGUUAAACAUACUGAGACUGAAAUGUUUUUAUGAUUAUUGAUAUAAUAGUCUCUUUCAUUCCUUAUUAAGAAUCACAACAAUUGCUGAAUUUAUACUCUAAAGUGGUCAAAUGGAUCAAAGUAAUGUUGGGUUGCAUAAUGACAGAAAAAGUUAUUUAUUAAAAAAGAAAAAAAAAAGAUGUUUCCCUUUAUUGGUGUAGCAGGAGCAAAUUAGUGCAGAAGUCAAGGUCAUGUCUUAGAAGGAAAGCUUGUAAAUAUGCCUGUGUAUCUUACUGUUUGUUCACACUCAGUCAUUUGUAACUAUAUGACUGAGACCAGACGCCACAGACAAACUUUUAAUCUGCUUUGUCAUUGCCUACAACUAUACUGUUCAUUUGUGGUCACUGAAGCUGAUCAAUAAAUUAAAAUAUAAUAA